AUUAUCAUGAACCGGGAUUGAACGAACGCCCAAACUCCGCCUGCAAACAAAAAGAAGUAAAGAACCCUAAAGGAUCAAAAUUCACACACACACACACAUACACACACAUCAUCUCAUCAUCAUCAUCAUCAUCGAUGGCUUUGGCUAUAUCCAACGUCUUUCAAAUUCCCAAUUCUCGUUUGUGUGGCAAGAAGAGUAUCUUCGUUCAUAGCUCGCUUUCCAAUUUCUCUCCAUCCUUCGUAAGAUUUUCUAAAUGUCGCUUGAGUCAAAAGAUAGUUUGUGCUGCUUCCUCAGCUGCUGGAAGUUCUAGUUCAGACAAAGAGUUAAAUCCCUAUGAGGUUCUGGGCGUGAACCCCAUUGAGGGAUUUGAUAUGGUGAAGGCAGCUUACACAAGAAAACGCAGGGAUGCUGAAAGAAGGGGGGAUGAGGCGACUGCUGCUCUUUUGGAGAAAGCAUAUGACAAACUCAUGAUGGCACAAUUAACAAAUCGAAAGAAGGGUGUGACAUUUGGUUCAUUUCAGGUUUCAAAGGACAUUAAAUAUGCGGAUAAGCAACCAAUUAUCCCAUGGGGCCCAAGGUUCACCAAGUCUGAGGAGAAGGACAUAAGGAUAAACAUGGCAAUAUCAGCUGCAUUUAUUGCUUGGAUUGUAGUUGCACGAAGUGCUGAUUGGAAGCCUGUGCAGUUUUUAUCCUUUGUAUUUGUUUAUAGAAUCUUUGAGAAGUUAAAAGCAUUUGAACCACCUGUUUCCACCACAUUUACAGAAGAAGGUGAAGAUGAAGGACGCAUGAUGCGAAUGGGGAAACGGUUGCUACGUUCUCUUGCACUGUCUUUUGGAUGUAUAGCUAUUGCAUCUUUGGGAUAUACUGGGAUUGUGAAUUUGAUCGAAUUUAUUAGUGGUUAUGUCCCUAUUGCCUUGUAUAACAACCAGGAAGUGAUUGUGACAGCUGUAACUUCUUUGAGUUUGUAUUUCAUGGCCUCGUAUUACAGAUGAGUUAAAACUAUUUUUGUUGUUGAGGAAGGGUGCGAUUUUAUCAGGAAUCAAAUUUUGUAGUAGUCUUAAAUUAUAAAUGUAUGGUUCUAUAUAUGCUAAAAAGGAAUGAUGAUGACAUCUGAUGAAUUGAUGCAAUAGUGAUUUGUACCAUAAGCAAUGUAGAUUGUACUUUGCUUUGAA